CGAGUCUUGGUCGAUAUUUGGAGAGAGGCCGACCGCUUGUGGAAGGGCCAGCCACCACGCCUCGAGAGGGACCUCGCAAGAAGCGGAGAGAGAGAGAGAGCGAGCGUGGGAGAAGCGAUCGAUUCAAUGGGCCUCUGGGACGGACUCUACCGCGUCCUGAUGCGCCGGAACUCCGUCUACGUCACCUUCGUCGUCGCCGGCGCCUUCGUCGGAGAACGGAUGGUAGACAAUGGAGUGCACAAACUAUGGGAUUACUGCAAUGUUGGGAGAGUGCAAGACAUGUUAACCCUCAUGACUUGGGUUUCAGAUUUGGUUUGCUUGUCUGUUGCCAAAAGAAGAAAUUUGAGGAUAUUCCAGUUCUGGGACAAAGACUGUCAGAAUGAUUUGGUUCCCAGGUGCAGCAUUUUGAAGUUUUUGAGAUUAUUCUAAAUGUAGCACAAGUGGCAAAGCCUUGUUACAUCAUCAUAAACGCUAACCAGCAUUAAUUGGAGGCGAGACUCAUGUUUUUUUUCUUCUUUUUUUUAGUUUCUUGAUUUGAAUGUUGAAAUCAAGGCUGAAAAGCAUGGGCAUGACUGAGUUUACAUCUGCAUCUGUUUGCGCAAUUAGACAAAUUAUGCAGCAGGCUAGCUCAUUUAUCUGGAUGGAGAGAAUCUAUUAGCCAAUUUGGAGUCAUAUACCUCGAAAAUAAGAUACUUUUGAUCUGGUUUUCUUA